CUCCCCUCCAGACCAAGACGACGGCGUUUCGCGCACCAACGACGCUUUUGGACCUCCUCCCUCAUUCCUAUUCCACUUCGCUGUAAAACCGAUUCGGAUUUUCUUCUCAAUGCCCAAGGGUUUUGAUCCUCUCACCCUAAGAAACCCUAUUUUUCUCUUCUUCCCCUUCUCGAUCUCUUCCAUUCACCUGGGUUUUCGAUGGAUUCUCCCCCCGAGAUCGUUCCUGACCAAUCUUUACCUGAGCCAGAUAUCUCCGGCAACCACCACUCUCCCGACGGCGGCGGCGCUCCGGUGCCGGAGACGGAAGAGGUGCCGGCGCCCAGGAGAACACGCCCUUCACGCGCCUGCACUAUUAGGGCACAGCAGCGGCUUCAGGAGCAGCAAGCGGCGGAGAGGAGACUGAGGCCGGCGAAGAAGGAGCAGCAGAGACGGAGUCAGCGACAGCGGAAAGAGGAGGAUGAGGAGAAGGAAGAGGACGAUCAAGAGGAAGAAGAAGGAGAAGAUGGGUCGCCGAGGAAUCAGCAGCAAUGCGGCGGAGGAAGUACCAGUAAGAUUGUGACGUCUCUAGUUCCGCCGCCGGAGCCAUCGCAGAUGCCUCGUUGGAGCCUCCGUUCAAUGUGGGAACUUGCUUCCGUACUGAAUUUCUUGCAUGUUUUUAGACCGCUUUUGAACAUUAACUUGGAGUUUUCGGCCGAAGAGUUCGAGACUGCUCUGCUGAAUCCGAAUGACACUUUGAGCGAUAUACACAUACCACUUUUAAAGGCUAUUCCUCCUGUAACUCGAAUGGCUCUCACACGUGACACCUGGGUCACUGUCUUACGCAGAAAACUACGAGAUUGGUGGCAUUGGGUUGCAGAAGGGAACUUCCCUAUUAUCGCAUCUCAUGGGCUGGAGGUUGAAAAGUACAAAUCUCUUGAUCCAGGAACCCGUGUGGUGAUAUUGAAAGCUUUGUGUGAUAUUCGUGUUGAGCAAGAGGACAUCAAGGGCUACAUUGACAACUCUCUUAAAAGUGGUGUUCAUCUCUCAGCUUUCCGUAAAGAACGUGUUGGGGGUGAUUCUCACGGAGUUAAUUUCUGGUAUGAAGAUGACCCCUUAAUUGGCCACCGAUUAUACCGUGAAAUAAGGAAAGCCGAGUCAGUGAAGGUGAAAACAAAGGGUUCCCAGGUUCUUUCUAAUAUCACACACCAAUGGGAAACUGUUGCCACCAACUUUGACGAAUUUCAAGAUGUUUCUGAGAAACUUUUUUCAAGUAAAAAUAGGACCGAGGCUUCUCUAGGGAAAAAGUUGAAGAAUGAUAUGCUUCCUGAAAUCGAAAGAGAACAUAAGAGGAAAGAAAGAUUGUUGAAAAAGCAACAUAGACAGGCUCUUCUUCUUGAUAACUUCUUGGUUGUCGAUGGCCUUGGAGGUGGGCGUUCUCUUCGUGACAGGAAACCAGUCCGAUAUACUUUUGAUGAUUAUGAUCGGUCAAUCAAUGAAGCUAUCAAGAUAACCAAAAAGAAACCGCCAUCACCAGAACCUCCUCUUCACAGAAGAGAAACUGCCAUAUUGGAUACGGUUCCAGAUGACAGAUGGGCAAGCUCUACCCAUCCUCCUGAGCCUGGAAACGAUACAACAUCCGGGAGAUCGUCUGAGUUUGCCGAUUGCAAUGACGUGGAUGAGCAUAAAUCAGAAUCGUUUGACAGAAGCAAUCGGAGGAGACAGCGGCCUCAACGGUAUUCAACUAUGGACUUUGUUGAAACCAUGUCAGAAAAUGAGGCAGACUUUGACAGUGACGAUGACAUAGUUGGGGAAGCAAUCUAUGACGAAGAAUAUCUGAGGAAGCGUAAACAAAGGAAAAAUCUCUCUAGUGGCUCCGAGGGUGACGAGGAGUACCGGUGGGAUGAAGACAAUGUUGAUGAUGAGGAAGAAGAAGAAGAGGAAGAAGAUUCUUUAAGUGUUAGUGAAGAAGAUAGUGAUGAACCCCGGAGGUUUAAGAGAAUGCCACGGAGAGAAGCAAAAUCACGAUCAAGACCGAAUGAUCUCCGUCCAGGGCUUAGGCGCAGUAAAAGAACCAUGAGAAAUCGAAUUGACUACAAACAAUACGAGCUUUCAGAGUCAGACAACGAAACAGCAAAACCUGCAAAAUCUAGGCGGUUGGUAGAACGGGACGAACUCCUUGAUGAAACAGAAGAAGAGGAUUUUUCAAUGGGAAGCCAGGAGUCUGAAGAAAAUGGGAAUGACCCAGAAACAAAAGUUGCUGAAGAUCCUAUCAAUGAAGAUAAUGACAAUGAAGAGACAACUGAGAAAGAGAGCGACCGGCUUCUUAACAAAUCAAAUGGCACAGACCAAGAUGAAGUUGAGAGGGUCGGGAAAAGGCAUUACCUUGACCUAAACGAGCUUGCCCCCAUAUCUGGUUUCGAUGAUGGGCCAAACACGGUAUUGAAGGAUGACGAAAACACGGGCAUUUCAUAAGCACUCGAGGCCUCUCUUUGCCAUUGUGAAGCAUUGGCCAUUGUUUUCCCCUUCAGGGCGACAGUAAAAUUCAUCGUUUCUUCUGGAAAGCCUGACCCGAGAUUGUUCACGAGACACGGGACACUUGGCACUCAUUGGCUUCUGUUCGAGUUGUAUCUAAGGUGAUGUAACUUAAUCAAAGGGCUUCUCAGCUAAGAGCUAAAGAGGAAUGUAGAUUUAGCUGGUCAUUUUUUGUUUACGGUGUAACACCCUUGGAAGAAAUACUACAUUGGGUGAUCCAAGAAAUCCCUUGGAGUUGGUUUGAUUUAUGUUGUGCUAUCCAAUUAGUGUACAAUACAACUUUAACCUGACUAUGUAAUAACCAAAAAAAAAGAAAAGAAAACGUUUCAGCCUCUUA